AUGUUCAAGAAGGACAUUACCCCCUCGCCCAAACAAAAGCUCAAAUCCUCGAUCCAGCGCAACCUGCGCCAGUCACUCUUGACCACCUACCCGCUCCUGACGCCUUUCAUCGACGACAUCAUCCCCAAGAAGGCCUCGCUCGAGCAGAUCAAGCUUCCCGACCGCGUCUCCCUGUAUGUCAUUGACAGCACCACCCCGCUGUUCUUCCAGGCCGACACCCCUUCGCAACAAAACACCAUCGUGCCCCAUCUCAAGCUCGUCCACCGCUUCCCGCAAUGCUUCCCCACCAUCAGGAUAGACCGCGGCGCCAUCCGUUUCGUCCUGUCGGGCGCCACCCUGAUGGCCCCCGGUUUGACGAGUAAGGGUGGGCGUCUGCCGAUGCCGCAUGAGAGGCCACCGAGGGAGAAGAGCGCUGCUGAGACCGAGAACGCGGACGAUAUCGAGGUGCCUAACGAGGGUGCGGAUGAGGAGGGACACUGGAGUCGCGAGCUGGAGAAGGGCGAGCCGGUUGUUGUCGUUGCUGAAGGCAAGGAGGAAGCGUGCGCUGUUGGAGUGCUGGUUGCGGGGACUAAGGAGAUUAAGGAGAAGGGUAAGGGACCGGUUAUCGAGGAGGCGCAUUUCCUUGGUGAUGGUCUUUGGAGGAUGGCGUUGGAUUAA